AUGAUUAGAACUCGCAAGAGAAGCAGCCAAAAGGCAGAUCGAACAACUGCUGAUACGGUCAAGAAUGUAGCGCUCAUUCUGAUGAUUGCACUCAACAUAUUUGAUCGAAACUCUGAUUUCCUAUCGAACUUUCAUCGUCAACUGUCGGAGGCAAAUGGUGAGGUAGUAGUGGCGGACCAAACGUCGGCUUCUUCCAAACAACAACAGAAUUCAAUAUACCUACCUUCUCGGUUGGAGAACAGAAUCAUGGAGCGCUCGCAGUCCGAGUUACAGUAUGAUCAAUUGCGGGCUGACGAAUGCGACUUGUUCCACAAUAAAAGUCGGUCUGACUUUUAUCAAGAAUAUCACGACUACUUGAAAACGUUGGACGACUACACCGAAGCAGUAAAGACGUAUGAUGUCAAUCUUGGCGACGUUCGAUUGGUUCCCCGGGAAAAGCGACACAGCAUAUGCCAAUCCAUGGACGAUCUUUUGAAGGGUUCCUUUCAAGUGGAUACUGUUUUGUCAAAGACGAGGGAGGGGUUCGUGGAACCAUUGCUACCACCUCUUCGUCACCCGCGGUUUUGUGAAGCUGUUGACGAUGUUUACAAGUCAAAGUAUGUCAUGAAGUUGGACUACUUGAUUCACGAUUUCGGUGCAAUGUGCAGACAACUCAGCACUUCUUCGAAAACGGUAUUCAUUGAUCUCGGUGCAUCUCUCGAUAUACAUCCAGAAGAGAACCCAUCAUUGCAGUUGCUCGAAUUGUAUCAGAAAUUUGGAAUCAAGUUUGAUCACUACUAUGCAUUUGAAGCCACGGUGAUUCCCCCAGACCAAGUCUACCAAAAGGUGCCGAAGAAAAUCUUGCCUUCUUUCCAUUGGUUCAAUGUUCCUGUAGAGGUGAAUGAAACGAGCAAUCAGAAUCCUUGGAAUGCCGUCUUGUCGCAGUACACCGAGGAUGACUUGGUCGUUGUGAAACUUGACAUUGACACCGCAUCGGUUGAAAUACCUCUUGUAGACCAACUUGUUGAAGAGAAGAACGUCAGAAUAGUGGAUCAGUUUUAUUUUGAGCAUCAUGUCCGAAUGAAACAUAUGCUGAAAUUUUGGCGGAUCACCGCACGAGGAACGCUGCAGCAUUCACUGGACCUCUUCACAAAGCUUCGCAAAGCGGGUAUCGCAGCUCACUCAUGGGUUUAA